CAGGACAAUUAUUUUUCGAUGAUGUGUGUUUCUUCUGUGCUUGUAAACGGUACUGCACUAAUAUUUCGCUGUGGGGCCCGUCGUUCAGUCCCAGCAGAACUCGACGAGCGACGAUCAAGUGUUUGCUCAACCAGGCUUUUUCCAAAGCUAUAGCGUAUCCAUGGGAUAUGACUACAAUGUUACUGGACAGGCUUCACACAACGACUCUUUGCGUACAGAACCAGUAGUUGUCGAUAAUUCUCAGCAGAACUCGACGAGCGACGAUCAAGUGUUUGCUCAACCAGGAUUUUCUCAAAGCUAUAGCGUAUCCAUGGGAUAUGACUACAAUGCUACUGGACAGGCUUUGCAUAACGCCUCUUUCAACUAUUCCCAUCCCCUUUUCUUCGAAAAUCCGUCUCCCAACAAUCCCAGGUCUUCUGGAAAUGUUUCCGAAUCGCACACAUCUAGCCGUUUGUUAGUCUGCAAGUGGAACGAUGGUCAUGGUCUAUGUGGCAAGACUCUAAAUAAAAAAGACGUCGCGAAGCAUAUGUCGUCAUCACAUCUGCGUCGUGUUCCUGGUGCCAUCAUUGUGGAAUGUCAAUGGCAGGGAUGUACAGAGCCCAUGCGCCGAGACACAAUCUUGCGGCACAUACGUCAGUUACACUUCGAAAUCAAUCCUCGACGGCAGUCGUAGAUUACUUCAAUUCUUACUGUGGCUAGACUCUGUCAUCCACAGCCGUUUUAAUCACAAAUUCUUCAACUGCCGUUUAAUAUCUGUUUCCUGCUUUCUUGUAACUAGUGUUUCUUGUUAUGUCGCUUUCCAACAAACUCGUGGCAAUUUAUUUAUAAGAUGCUUUUACCUUACUUCAUGUAACUUUUAAACAAGUUGUUCGUCCUUGAGAAUAUUUUUCAGCUCCAAAGCUUGC